AUGGCCUGCUCAUCAAGGUGGAUAUGGCGGCCCCUUGCGUGGAGUGGGUGUUGCGGAUGGGGGGGGCCUGGGCAGGACAAGGUCCAUGCUGUGGCUGCAAGGGUGGGGACGUGUGCGUGGCUGGUACAUUCGAGACAAGCUUCGAGACAUGCAGGGUCUGAUCUACACACAGACAGAGAGCCUGAGUGCAGCUACGUGGAGGUGUCCCUGAAUGUGCCUGAGGUGCACAGCAAAGGGAAUUUGGACAUAUUCGUUAUGAAGCUCAAAUCAGAAGAACUGGACAUUCAUUGGGUGACAACUGCAGUGGGCCCCAAGGACUCUGUCGUCUCUGCCAUCACCACAGACCCCGGGGACCGCCUCCACAUCGCCGGCAGGUUUGAGGGCUCCCUGCAGCUGCCCUCCUCACAGUCAGUGUUUUCCUUUGCCCUUUUUGACGCCCUUGUUGCAACAUUCCGGCAUCGAAUGAUGUGGUGUUGCCUCAGCCAUCCACACCCGCCGCCACCUCUGGAGGGGCCUCGCCCAGGUGGCGCACCACUGGGAUGGCUGUUUGGGUUAUUUUGUCUGUGGCAGUGGCAGCAGUGGCUGUGGGUACUGCAGAACGGUGGCGACAGGUUCACAAGCGGAAGCGGGAUCAGAUGGGACUGGAGGGUGAGUGCCCUGACGAGGGCCAGGCUGUGCGGGGCGUGCCCACUUAUGGCUACGUGUCUGGCUGCCAGGAAUAGUGUAUGGUGUGGGUGCGUCCGUGUGGACGACCCCACUGCCAACUACGUACUGUUUGAUUACAGAGGAACGGCCACAUGA